CCACAAAUCAUUGCCUAAAAGUUACUUGACAUCUCGGUCGCUCGUGCACAUUCAAAGGAAAAUGUCUUCUAGAAGAAGCCGCGCACAAACAGAUCCAAUUGAGAAGGCCAACCAAAAAAGCGACCAAGAAUUCCUCAGUACAUAUAUUCAAUUGACUGGAGGACACGUGCAAUGGACCACCAAAUGGCAACACCCAAAAACGGGUUAUGAGUACGGCCUGGUCCUCGUGCGGGCCGAGGCCAUGACGGACCCGGACCUGACCUCGUGCCUCGACAUGAUCGACCUCACCAGCGGGCAGGACUACCGCAAUUCCAGCAUGGGCUGGAACCGCGAUGCCAAGCUCGCCGAGAUGAAGUCGCCGGGCCUGCGGUACAUCUUGGUCAGGGACGGCGUGGGUGCCAUGGCGGCGUUUACGUCGUUCAUGCCGACGUACGAGGAGGGCCAGCCGGUCUUGUACUGCUACGAGAUUCACCUGCUCGACAGGGUCCGCAAGAGCGGUCUCGGAAGGUUGCUGAUGGGCUACCUGUGCAACAUCGCAGCGACGCUCCCGCCGAUCACCAAGGUGAUGCUUACCUGCUUCACCUCGAACGAGGGCGCGAGGGCCUUUUACGAGCAAAUGGGCUUUGUCACCGACGACAUAUCCCCGCGUCCGAGGGUGCUCCGGGGCGGAAGAGAGACGAGGGCCCCCGACUAUGUGAUACUCAGCAAGGUCGUGGAUCGAUUGACGAGUGGCUGAGCUGAGGGGUGGUAGUGGCGCUGAUGUAAUCGCGCUUCGUCGGGAUGGGGGGGGGGGGGGGGGGG